UGGGUUUCUACCUGUGACAAUUUAAUCCCAGAUUUCGAGCUAAUAAACUAUGGAUGGACUCGGAAAUAAUAUGAGAAAACAUAAACAUAUUUCAUUGAUAAUGAUCAAAUAAUACACGAGGUGAGAAGGUCUCCCUUCUCUCUACCCUCUCCUCCCUUGCAACAUCCGACGGAAAUGGAAGGCUUCUCUCCCCUCCGGCACACCACUCAACAACCCCCACUCUCAAACAGCCUCUCCAAACCUCUACCACAAACUAAUCAACCGCAUCAGAUACUCUUAGCAAAGGAUUCUCCACCGACUCAACAAACAAGCGCAGAUCCCCAGAAGCUGGCCGAAGAGAGGUGACAUCUCGUCCAUUACCCUUCCCGAGGCCUCUAACCAAAAACAAAACCUUUAUUCCUCCGCAGCUAUCCUAAGCCACUCAAACCCACUCACUGCAAUCCCCAAAAAUUACCCUCGUCCCACAAACCCAAUCAAAUCAUUACCAGCCGAGAAGCUAUGCAGAAACGCUAUCCCAACCCACCUCUAAACCAAUUCCCCUCAAAGACUCGUAUAUCUUCAAAGGUCUUCCGGCAAUCUCUUUUUCUCAUGAGGAAAUUGUCACUCUCUCAAACAAGUUCUCCUUUGCACUAAUUGGAUCAUUUUUGCAUGGAAUACCAAAGCUACAGGCAAUCCAGAACACGUUUGAGAAAAUUCGUUUCAGAGGUAACUUUUCUUUAGGGCAUCUAACCCCUACGCAUAUCCUGAUACGUUUUGACAGAGAAGAAGACUUUCUCCGAUGUUGGUUGAAAAGGACAUGGUCAAUUUUCGGGCUUACAAUGCGAGUAUCCAAAUGGACCUCUUCAUUCCACCCAGGUUUACCUGUGCACCUUCAAGAUAAGUGUGCCUUAUUGUGUAUUGCAAACCUUAUUGGCAAACCUCUGCUCAUUGACUCGGCCACGGCCAACCUGGCGAGGCCUUACACAGCCCGGGUGUGCGUCGAAUUCGACGUAACAGCUGAACGGACCCAAAAAAAAUUGGAUUCAAAAUGGGCCGGUGGGUUUUACUCAUGAGGUAAAAUUUGAAGAAAUCACACCUUUCUGUCUAUCAUGCAAUUUACUUGGGCAUUUUACUUGUGAAAAAGGUAAAAUAACUAUCAAUCCUCCAACUGUCGCUACAUCCCUCUCCCCUGGAACCUCCUCAACAAUAGCUCCAAAAAUCAUUAACCCCUCUUUUAAUAUUGAGCCCUGACUACCCACUCCUCACCCGUUAAAUCCAAUCCUCCGACACCCCACUCAUCCACCCUGACAACUCACACUUUACCCAAUAACUAUGACACUCCCUCUGAUAUAUCAGUUAACCCCCACCAAACCCAGUCAGAUAAUUCAAACUCUCCUCCUCCUCGACCGUUAUCCAAAACUAUCUCCCAACCCGAACAUCCAGAACCUACUCCACCCAAAAAGUCUGUGGAUCCACAGAAACCCUCACUCCCCCUGGGUCAAACCCUCCGGCCCUCCCUAACCAUAACUUCUGAGGCCCCUGUCCCCCUAUCCUCAUCUCUACUCUCUCCAAACUUCAAACCAUGCUCUAACUGUGACACCAUCCCCAAGCAUAAUUACUUUUAGUAAAUUAUGUAAUAAACCUUGAAGGAUGAUUUAUGAAUUUGCGUAAUUGUAAAUUUUUAUUGUUUCUUUUACGUGAAUAGUAAAUUGCAUGUGGGGCCCACACCGGGAACGGGUACCGCCCGAUAAUUUCAGAACCCCAUAUUAUAUUCAUCUUGGUCUAGAUAGUAUGUAUAUGGUGGUGGAUAGUGUAGUUGGGCCAUAAAAAGGGCAUGGAGUUGACCUGUUGGUCAAACGGGUCCCAAUUAGCGGUACUAGUAAUUUAUCGGAUGACAGCCCGAAAUGAAUUUCGGAGACUCCUAAAUUAAUAUUAGGGAAUGUACAUCUAUUCUAAAGGCCCAUAAUUAUUAGGAGCGCAUGAUAAAUUUUAUAUGGCCCGACAAAUUAAAAUCUAAUUAAGACAGUUCGAGAAAUACAACCUUCAGGGCCGAUUGUACACACUGGGACAUAAUGGGAUGACCUCCCACAUAAGUGGGGGCAACCCCACGUUUUUAUGAGCUCUAGUUGACUGAAUGAGAGUUGGAAGGACAUGAUUUGAGGGUGGUGUGCGGACCGUUGAUAGGACGGAUGUCAUGAGACAAAUGCACACUCCCUAUGGCCUAUCUACACCUCAAAUAAUGGGUUGGAAGGAGGAUAGAUACUUCCCCUCACUUUGAGCCUUACAAACGACCAAAGAGGAUAGAGAAGCUAUAGGGAAGUCUUCCACAAAGAGGCCAUAGCUUGAGACAAGCAAGAAGGAAAGAAAUCCAAGGAGAAAAAAGCUAGACAUUGAGGUAAGAACACAAAUAGUUAUUUUAACUAGUUUUAUGGUGUAUGAUUUGUAAGAAAUCAUAUGAUGGAUUAAACCUCGAGUUCUACACGUUUAAAAGUGUAGAAUAUUGUUAUAAAGUGGUGUUAAUUAACUUAGAAGAGUUGGUGAAUCGAUAGGAGUCGAAAUCGCCGGAAACCGCCACAUAUAGGAAGCUGUUCGUAGUUGCAGACUACGAACGUCGCCCGGCUUUCGUGAAAUCCGCCCGGCUUUUGCCCAGCAGUUCAGAUUUUAACAUUCGAACGGCCUAGAACGAGGACGGGUCGAAGGGCUUUGCAAAGGCAACUAGUCAAGCACUCUAUAAGGUGAUGAUGACUGACUAUAUUGCUUAUAAUUAGUGAGUUAAUUUCAUGAGAUUACCUAAGGUAAUUAAAUGUGUUUUUAUGGAUUAUUAAUGAUUAAUAAUGCCUAAGAAUGAGAAGACUAAUGUCUAUAAAGGAAAGGAGCAUGAUAUACAAAUUUAAGAGUAAAUUGUGUAUGAUCAUGUGUAAUGAGUAUGUUGACUUGAAGGUGGAAUUGAUUAUGAAACAUAUGUUGAAAUAUACUUUUUACUUCAUAUUAGAUUAUAUGAGUGAUUAAAAGUGAUAUUUUGAAUAUUGAGAUAAAUGAUAUUUUCAAUGGAAAAAUGAGUUGGAAUUGUCUAUAUGACUAUGAGUUGAGAACUUGGUUUGUUAGAAUUAAUUUGACUAGUAUUAAGAUACUAGUUGGACAAUAAAAUGAAAUGUUGUUAAGAUUGAUCCUAAGGUGGGAUUGUGAAAUGUUAUGCCUUAAGUAGUCUUAAGAGAUGCUUUAAGGUAGGAAAGUAUGAACUUUAAAUUAUACUAGGGGUAGGCCUUAAAGGAUACCCAAGAUAAAGUAAAUAAUAAAUUGAUCAUAGAUAUGGGAUUGGCCUACGGGUGUGUUUGGUAGGCCUUGAGGAUAGCCGGUUGAAUUAUGGAAAUAAGUAAGGACCAUGGCCCUUCCCGUCUCUAGAGAGCGGGGUUGGAUAGCAUGGACUUGCAUCGUGAUCACGGGUUAGGGUGGAAUCCGAAUCGGAGACCUAACUAGGCUCCGGUAGCGGUAACACAUAAGAUAGGACCUCGAAGGGCCUUACCUUCCUACGGGAUGAUGGGUAUGAGUCCAGGGGUAGGAUGUUGGAGUCCGAACCGAGAGCCUCAUGAGGUCUCGGACAGCGGUAGCAAGUCUCGUAGGAAUAAUAAGACCCAAGGGUUGGGUUGUGGAAAUGAUAAAUGCAAAGAAAUAAAUAAGAAGGGCCGUGUGCCGACAAAUAAAUGAAUUUACUUAUUAUAAGGAUAAUAAGUGGGAAAUAUAAAUUAUUAUUUAUAUUAUGAUAUCACCCUAUUUUGAGGAUCUUGGAAAUUAAAAUGUUGAUUAUACUUAGUAUAGUUGUCAUUGUACUUGUCAAAUGCUUCCAAGUACUCACCUCCCAUUCACGGGGGAGGCCACCUCACAGUUUCAGGUAGAACUUGAAGGUUGCUACCGGCGCCCGUUGCUUCGGGGAUAUUCAGGGGAGAAGACGUGGUUCGUGCUUCCUCCGUUUCUUUUUGAAAACAAUUAUAUAAACGCUCAUGGAUAUUAUUUUUGAAUAAUUAUUUGGGGGCUUGUAUGCCCAUGUUUGCCAAGGUGUGGCAUAAACACUUAUAUUAAAUGUUUCUGCUGCUUUAAAUAAAUGUUUUACAUUAUGUUUGUUUAUGGAUGUACUAUGUGUGAAUGGUAUUCACGACGCCUUGUAUAGUAUGGAUGAGUUGGACUGCGGUUGACUAUUCGUACGGUACGGCGGGUUGUUGACGUGUCCGGCUAGGGCCGGGGCAUGACAAUUUAAUUGGUAUCAGAGCCUUAGUCCGUAAACAUCAUAAUGAAUCUUCAAAAUUCUUUUUGAAAUGAAUUUGAAAACCAUGAGCAUAAAGUUUUGUACUUAUAGAACUUUUGGUACUUGAGUUGCAAUGUCUCUAAUUGUUAAGAAGGUACCCUUAACAAUUGGUAUGGCGGUGAUUUGAGCCAAAGGAUGUCUUUAAGUAUCUAUCCGUCAAUUGACAUUUGAUACGCGUCUAAUGACUCAUUCUCAAUUUCUUUCAAAAAUGGAACGUACCGGGAAAGUUACUCGACGGAACCCGAGUGGCCAAGCACCGGGAGGAUCCCAACGUGGCAGUCGGGGAGGAUCGAGGGUGUCUAGGAGACAAGGCCGUGCAGGCCAGUCGCUGACCGUGAGUGACGGUCAUGUGGAAACAAUAGACGAGCACUAUGAGUCCGAGGAGGAUUCAACUUACCAGCUGGGAACCGAGUCGGUUGAGACCCCAUAUGAUGGGGAGUACGACGAUGUUAGUGAUGAGAGCGAGGAUAAUGAAGCUCUCGAACGGAUUAAGGAAUUGCUCCGGCAAUACCAUCAAGAUCGCCAAAGGCGCCAGGCAAGGCGUGCUUUGGGAGGGGCUUCAAGAAGGGGAAGCCAUGUUACCCCUAGGGAGAGCAUAGAACUCCGGGGAUGGAGAGGUGUUGAGGUCCCUAUAAUAAGGAUCUCAAAGUACCUCAAAGAGGCAAGAGAUUUGGGGUGUAAACCGUUUGAUGGAACGGGGGACAUCUCCGUUGCGGCCGAGUGGAUCAAAAGAUUCAACGAAGCGGCACUUGACAUGCAGCUGCCACCCCACAUGAAGUUGAGAGUGGCCACGAGGUUACUAGAAGGCAUGGCGUCCACAUGGUGGGAUGGAACAAAAGGGAAGUACGACGAAGUCGUCACUUGGGAGAAUUUCCGACAGGAAUUCUUCAGCCAAUACUACUCCGACUUUGAGGUGAACUUAAAGAGGAGGGAGUACACAAAUUUGACCCAAGGAGGCCAAUGCACAGUGAAGGAACUUGAGCACAAGUUCAGGAAACUUGUUGAGUUUAUCCCGGAGUACAUUUGUGACGAGAACCGGAUGGUGAACCACUUCUGGGAUGCCUUAGACCUUGACAUACGCGAGAGGGCAACACAAUUGCCUAAUAUGACGUUUAGUCAAGUGGUUGAACAAGGCUUGAAAGGGGAGAAAGAGUGGGAAGAAAGAAAAAGGAAAAAUGCCGAGGAGGCAAAGAAAAGGAAAUGGGAGAGCAAUGGCCCCCAAGGUUCUAACAAGAAGGGGAACCACGGGGGAGGCGGAUCCUUUAGAACCCCCGCACCACCGGUGAGGGGAAAUCAAGGCCCAAGUGGGCAAAUCUCUAUGUCACAAGGCUCGGGAAUGAAGAGGUGUAGCAACUGUAAGAAGAACCACCUUGGCAAGUGUCGUGAUCCCCCGAGAUGUUAUCAAUGCGGGGAGGUUGGGCAUUUGAAGGUGAGUUGCCCACAACUUGGGCGAGCCGUGGGGGCCGGGCCAAGUAGUGGAACGACGGUGAGCAGGAAUCGAACGGGAGCACCAAAUGCGAGCGGUGGGCACGGUGGAGCGAGUGCAAGCAACGCGCCAUCCGUAAAUCAAGGGAAGACCCAAGCUCGGGUCUAUGCUAUGACGGAGGCGGAUGCUCGUGCCAACCCGGACUCCGUUGCGGGAACACUAAAGAUAAACGGGAGAGAUGCAAGAAUCCUUAUUGAAACCGGGGCGCAACGAUCAUUUGUGAGUGAGGCGUUUGCCGUGGGAUUCAAUAAACUGCUUGUAACGAUGACUCAAACCCUAUUGGUGUCCACACCUCUAGGGGAUGAUAUCGAAAGAAAUAGCCACUAUCCAUCGUGUGAAGUGGAAGUGGAGGGCCAAACCCUGACGUGUGAUUUCGUACCGCUGAGUAUGAUCGAGUUCGACGCGAUCCUUGGAAUAUAUUGGCUUGAGAAACAUCAUGCUAGGGUCGAUUGCUACACAAAUUAAAGGUUCUUGAACUUGAAAGCGGUGAAGGGCUUACUCUACGCUUCGAAGGAGAUAGAGGCAAAUCAAAUAGUUGUAUCAUAUCCGCCGUGAGAGCGAGGAAUAUGAUGAGAAAGGGAUGCCACGCAUAUCUAGCAUACGUAGUGGACAAGACCAAAGAAGAGAUAAACAUCAAUGAUGUAAGAGUAGUGUGCAAGUAUCCGGAUGUCUUUCCAAAGGACUUACCGGAACUUCCACCCGAUAGGGAGAUCGAGUUCGUGAUCGAGGUUGAGCCCGGCACCAAACCAAUCUCUAUACCACCAUACAGGAUGGCACCCGCAGAACUUAACGAGUUGAAGACCCAAUUGCAAGAGCUUUUGGAUAACGGUUUUAUAAGGCCGAGCCACUCCCCAUGGGGAGCACCGGUCCUUUUUGUGAAAAAGAAAGAUGGAACACUUCGAAUGUGCAUUGACUAUCGUCAACUGAACAAGGUCACAAUCAAGAAUAGGUAUCAUUUGCCUAGGAUUGAUGACUUGUUUGACCAGCUCCGAGGAGCGACGGUGUUUUCGAAGAUUGACUUGAGGUCGGGGUACCACCAACUGAAGAUAAAGGAGGAUGACAUACCGAAAAGUGCAUUCCGCACAAGGUAUGGUCAUUUCGAGUUCCCAGUUAUGUCGUUCGGGCUAAUCAACGCCCCGACGGCAUUUAUGGACUUGAUGAACCGAGUAUUUCAUAAAUACUUGAACCGGUUUGUGAUUGUGUUCAUAGAUGACAUCUUGAUUUACUCAAAGAGUGAAGAAGAGCAUGCGGAGCACUUGGUACUUGUUCUUGAGACACUACGGGAGAAGCAACUCUAUGCCAAGUUUUCCAAAUGUAAAUUUUGGCUAAGGGAGAUUGGCUUCCUCGGGCAUGUAGUUUCGGGAUCAGGGAUAGCGGUUGAUAACAAGAAGAUUGAAGCCAUUACCGAAUGGGAGAGGCCAAAGAACGUCAAGGAAAUACGUAGUUUCCUUGGGUUGGCAGGAUACUAUAGAAAAUUCGUGGAGAAAUUCUCAGUUUUGGCAUCACCAUUGACGAAGCUCACUCGAAAGGGGGCUAAGUUUGUAUGGGAUGAUCAAUGUGAGAAGGGGUUCCUUGAAUUGAAGAAAAGAUUGACCGAGGCACCGGUAUUUGCAUUACCCAAACAGGGUAUGGGGUACAAUGUCUACAGCGACGCGAGCAUCCAAGGGCUUGGAUGUGUCUUGAUGCAGAAUGGGAGGGUGAUUGCCUAUGCUUCACGACAGUUGAAAAAGCAGAAGGUAAAUUAUCCUACUCAUGACUUAGAGCUGGGAGCAGUGGUAUUUGCAUUGAAGAUUUGGAGACAUUAUCUCUACGGGGAAACAUGUCAUAUAUACACUGACCACAAAAGCCUGAAGUACGUGUUUACUCAGAAAGAGUUAAACAUGAGACAUAGACGGUGGAUGGAGUUGAUAAAAGACUACCAUCUAGUUAUCGAGUACCACCCCAGUAAAGCCAACGUGGUAGCGGAUGCCUUGAGCCGAAAGAGUUCGUCUGGGGCAUUGUUGACUAGUUUGAGGGCAUUGAGAGCCCAAUUGGAGGUAUCUAGCGAUGGUGCCUUGUUAGCUAGAUUCGAGGUGAGACCUACAUUACUUGAUGAAAUCAAGAAGGGUCAAGAAACUGACGAAGAGCUUAUGAAGGUCCGUGAACGCAUGCUAGUGAGACCGGUUGAGGAUUUCAGGGAAAGAGACGAUGGUCUCAUACUAUUUCACGACCGAGUGUGUGUACCGUCGGAUGAUGAGCUCCGAAAGUCUAUCUUAGAGGAGGCUCAUUCAUCGGCGUAUGCCAUGCAUCCGGGAGGCACGAAAAUGUACCGUGAUUUGAAAGAAAGUUACUGGUGGUCUGGUAUGAAGAGGGAAAUAGUCGAGUACAACAGUAGAUGUCUUACUUGUCAUCAAGUUAAGGCAGAACAUCAGCAUCCAGCUGGGUUAUUACAGCCACUUUCCAUUCCUGAAUUGAAGUGGGAACACGUGACUAUGGAUUUCGUGGUAGGGCUGCCACGGAUGGUUAAGAACUAUGAUGCUGUAUGGGUUGUGGUUGAUAGGCUUACGAAGAGUGCACAUUUUCUGCCUAUCAACACCACCUAUGCACUGGAGAGGUUAGCCAAGUUGUAUGUGGAUGAGAUCGUGAGGCUAAAUGGGGUUCCGAUAACCAUUGUAUCCGAUAGAGAUCCGCGAUUCACAUCACGAUUUUGGACGAAGUUCCAAGAGUAUGGGGACAAAGUUGAAAUUCAGUACAGCUUUCCAUCCGCAAACGGAUGGGCAAUCCGAGCGGGUUAUACAGAUAUUGGAGGAUAUGCUGAGAGCUUGUGCAUUGGAGUUCCAAGGAAGUUGAGACAACCAUUUGGCACUUGUGGAGUUUGCCUAUAGCAACAGUUAUCAGGCGAGUAUAGGCAUGCCUCCAUACGAGGCAUUGUAUGGGAGGAGAUGUCGUACACCUUUGUGUUGGGACGAGGUUGGCAUGGCCAAACUCGAGAGCACGGAGUUGGUGGAGAUCACCAAGUCAAAAGUAAAGAUGAUUCGUGAAAGACUUAAGGCGGCACAGGAUAGACAGAAGAGCUAUGCCGAUAAGCGCCGGAGAGCCUUGGAAUUUAAGGUGGGAGACAAGGUAUUUUUGAAGGUUUCACCUUGGAAAGGAAUCAUCCGAUUUCAGAGCCGAGGGAAACUUAACCCACGCUACAUAGGACCAUUUGUGAUUCUUGAAAGAAUUGGGGUCGUAGCAUACCGAUUGCAGUUGACUCCGGAAUUGGAGAAAAUACAUAAUGUAUUGCAUGUGUCUAUGCUUAAGAAGUAUAUUCCGGAUCCAUCUCAUGUGUUAGAGAAACCACCCGUGGAAAUACGGGAAGACUUGAAUUAUGUCGUGCAACCGGUGAAGAUACUUGACAGGCAAGUCAAAAAGUUGAGGAGCAAGAAAGUUCCAAUUGUUAAAAUCCUUUGGAAAAGUGACCGAGUUGAAGAGGAAACUUGGGAAACGGAAGCCCUAAUGAGGGAACAAUAUGCCUUCUUGUUUGAAUAAUCGUUGUGAAUUUCGGGGGGGGGGGGGGGGGGGGGGGGUUAACUUGUGACACCGUCCCCAAGCAUAAUUACUUUUAGUAAAUUAUGUAAUAAACCUUGAAGGAUGAUUUAUGAAUUUGCGUAAUUGUAAAUUUUUAUUGUUUCUUUUAUGUGAAUAGUAAAUUGCAUGUAGGGCCCACACCGAGAACGGGGACCGCCCGAUAAAUUCAGAACCCCAUAUUAUAUUCAUCUUGGUCUAGAUAAUAUGUAUAUGGUGGUGGAUAGUGUAGUUGGGCCAUAAAAAGGGCAUGGAGUUGACCUGUUGGUCAAACGGGGCCCAAUUAGCGGUACUAGUAAUUUAUCGGAUGACAGCCCGGAACGAAUUUCGGAGACUCCUAAAUUAAUGUUAGGGAAUCUACAUCUAUUCUAAAGGCCCAUAAUUAUAAGGAACGCAGGAUAAAUUUUAUUUGGCCCGACAAAUUAAAAUAUAAUUAAGACAGUCCGAGAAAUACAACUUUCGGGGCCGAUUGUACACACCGGGACAUAAUGGGAUGACCUCCCACAUAAGUGGGGGCCACCCCACGUUUUUAUGAGCUCUAGUUGACUGAAUGAGAGCUGUAAGGACAUGAUUUGAGGGUGGUGUGCGGACUGUUGAUAGGAGGGAUGGCAUGAGACAAAUGUACACUCCCUAUGGCCUAUCUACACCUCAAAUAAUGGGUUGGAAGGAGGAUAGAUACUUUCCCUCACUUUGAACCUUACAAACGACCAAAGAGGAUAUAGAAGCUCUAGGGAAGUCUUCCACAAAGAGGCCAUAGCUUGAGACAAGCAAGAAGGAAAGAAAUCCAAGGAGAAAAAAGCUAGACAUUGAGGUAAGAACACAAAUAGUUCUUUUAACUAGUUUUAUGGUGUAUGAUUUGUAAGAAAUCAUAUGAUGGAUUAAACCUCGAGUUCUACACGUUUAAAAGUGUAGAAUAUUGUUAUAAAGUGGUGUUAAUUAACUUAGAAGAGUUGGUGAAUCGAUAGGAGUCGAAAUCACCGGAAACCGCCACAUAUAGGAAGCUGUUUGUAGUUGCAGACUACGAACGUCGCCCGGCUUUCGUGAAAGCCGCUCAGCUUUUGCCCAGCAGUCCAGAUUUUCACUUUCGAACGGCCUAGAACGAGGACGGGUCGAAGGGCUUUGCAAAGGCAACUAGUCAAGCACUCUAUAAGGUGAGGAUGGCUGACUAUAUUGCUUAUAAUUAGUGAGUUAAUUUCAUGAGAUUACCUAAGAUAAUUAAAUGUGUUUUUAUGGAUUAUUAAUGAUUAAUAAUGCCUAAGAAUGAGAAGACUAAUGUCUAUAAAGGAAAGGAGCAUGAUAUACAAAUUUAAGAGUAAAUUAUCUAUGAUCAUGUGUUAUGAGUAUGUUGACUUGAAGGUGGAAUUGAUUAUGAAACAUAUGUUGAAAUAUACUUUUUACUUCAUAAUAGAAUAUAUGAGUGAUUAAAAGUGAUAUUUUGAAUAUUGAGAUAAAUGAUAUUUUCAAUGGAAAAAUCAGUUAGAAUUGUCUAUAUGACUAUGAGUUGAGAACUUGGUUUGUUGGAAUUAAUUUGACUAGUAUUAAGAUACUAGUUGGACAUUAAAAUGAAAUGUUGUUAAGAUUGAUCCUAAUGUGGGAUUGUGAAAUGUUAUGCCUUAAGUAGUCUUAAGAGAUGCUUUAAGGUAGGAAAGUAUGAACUUUAAGUUAUACUAGGGGUAGGCCUUAAGGGAUACCCAAGAUAAAGUAAAUAAUAAAUUGAUCCUAGAUAUGGGAUUGGCCUACGGGUGUGUUCGGUAGUCCUUGAGGAUAGCCGGUUAAAUUAUGGAAAUAAGUAAGGACCAUGGCCCUUCCCGUCUCUAGAGAGCGGGGUUGGAUAGCAUGGACUUGCAUCGUGAUCACGGGUUAGGGUGGAAUCCGAAUCGGAGACCUAACUAGGUUCCGGUAGCGGUAACACAUAAGAUAGGACCCCGAAGGGCCUUACCUUCCUACGAGAUGAUGUGUAUGAGUCCAGGGGGCGGGAUGUUGGAGUCCGAACCGAGAGCCUCAUGAGGUCUCGGACAGCGGUAGCAAGUCCCGUAGGAAUUAUAAUAAGAAUAAAUGAAUUUACUUAUUAUAAGGAUAAUAAGUGGGAAAUAUAAAUUAUUAUUUAUAUUAUGAUAUCACCCUAUUUUGAGGGUCUUGGAAAUUAAAACGUUGAUUAUACUUAGUAUAGUUGUCAUUGUACUUGUCAAAUGCUUCCAAGUACUGACCUCCCCUUCACGGGGGAGGCUACCUCACAGUUUCAGGUAGAACUUGAAGGUUGCUACCGGCGCCCGUUGCUUCGGGGAUAUUCAGGGGAGAAGACGUGGUUCGUGCUUCCUCCGUUUCUGGUUGAAAACAAUUAUAUAAACGCUCAUGGAUAUUAUUUUUGAAUAAUUAUUUGGGGGCUUGUAUGCCCAUGUUUGCCAAGGUGUGGCAUAAACACUUAUAUUAAAUGUUUCCGCUGCUUUAAAUAAAUGUUUUACAUUAUGUUUGUUUAUG